AUGUCGGUCGUCGAGGAAGUGUAUGCAGAGGGCCGAAGCAGCGUUCAGGAGACGCGUUCCUCGCUAGCGCAGCGACUAUGGCCUAGCAACAGCAUCACCAUCAACAUCCAUGAACCAAAGCGUUUCUUUAUGCUGCUCAUCGGCGUCUAUGCAUGCAUCUGCACCUCGACCAGUUACGUGUACAACCUCUUCUCUGGCAAGCUGCAAGAGAAGUACAACUUCACGCAGGAGCAAAUGUCUGUCAUUACAACUAUGUCGAGCAUUCUCGGCAUUGUUGUCUUCCCCCUGGCAGUCCUGUACGACUACUACGGCCCGCGGUCGCUCUUCCUGAUCGGCAUGCUAUCUUUGCCGGUUGGUGGAGUUCUCUUCGGCCUGGCCUUCGCCGAUGUUGUGGAGGGCAGUGUCGCGCGCUUCACGAUCUUUAGCACUCUUCUCAGUGUUGGUACUUCUAUGUUUGAUAUUGCAGGUCUCAUGACGAUUCUGAGUGUAUUUCCCAGCAGUCGCGGCGCUGUGAUUGCCGUAAUGAAAACGUUCAUCGGGCUCGGCUCUGCCAUAUUCGGCUGCAUUCAGCUGGGCUUCUUCGAGAGCGAUAUCUCCGGUUUCUUCUACUUCCUUUCGGCGUUUACUGCCAUUGUCGGGCUUCUAUGCGUCCUCUUCGUGAAGCUACCACCAUAUCAACUGACAGGUUACGAAGAGAAGUAUCUGUCAGAAGCGGACAAGGCGAAUAAGCUCGCCACAAAGCGCGCGUACUUGGAGAAAGUGCCCUCUCCACGUCGUUUUGUGUUCGGCUUUGUGCUUGUUGCCUUUCUCAUUAUUUUCCUCCCUGUAGAGAGCACUGUUGUGGCGUACAAGCAGCUAGGACACUCCUACAAGGUUGCCUUUGCUCUGGUUACCAUCAGCGUGAUGGUGCUUUAUUCAGUCAUCGCCAUUCCGCUCCGGUGGUUGGACGUGGGUAGUGCAAAUAUUGCCGAGCAGCUGCCUGAGGAAAACGAGACGCAGGCGGCGGCCGCUGCUGCCGCAUUGGGACCCCGCAUGUCAGCUGCACAACGCCUCAGCAUGCGCAUCAACACGACACGCACGAGCAUUGCAGAGCAAGCCAUCUUCAGCGCAGCCAGCAUUGACGAGUCUGUUCACAUCGCACCGCAGUAUCAGACCUCCUUCAUCGAGAGCCUCUGCACGCUCAAGCUGUGGGCCCUUGCGUACUCUCUGUUCUCGAUCUUUGGUACCCAGAUAGUCAUUAUUGUCAACGCCCGCUUUGUGUAUGCCGCCGCCUCUGAGACUCCCGUGACACAGGAGAUUGCCUCUCUCCUUACUAUCUUCAACGGCGCCGGCAGUGCUGUAGGACGAAUCAUCAUGAGCAUCUUCGAAGUGUGGACACAAAAGCGCAUGCCUGAGGAGCGCAUCCCGCUUACUAUUGCGGUCUUUAUCCCGUCGCUGAUUGUGCUUGCAGCGUCCCUCAUGCUUCUUUUUGUGCGGAAGGAGUUGCUCUUGAUCCCGUUUGGCUUGACAGCUCUCGGCAACGGCUUCUCUGCGGCCUCCGUUGUGCUCGUCAUGCGCACGUUGUACGCGAAGGAUGUCGCGAACCACUACAACUUCAUGUCACUCCCCUCGCUUGCCGCUUCGGUAUUGCUGAACCAAAUGCUCUACGGUGCCUGGUACACAAAGGAGGCAACAAAGCAGGGAAGCAACAUUUGCUAUGGGCGGCAGUGCAUCUUUGUUCCUUUUGCUAUCAUGAGCGGACUGCUCUUCACGAGUCUUUUCUCCACUUUGUAUGUGCACCUUCAAUAUAAGGCGUUUUGCGACGAGGCUCUUGCCGAGCGCUCACAGCUCCGUGGCGCGCGUAAUUGCACCACCCACCCAGAGGAACCUCAUGUCCCUGAUGAGCAUGCCCCACUGCUUUCCUCGGCGCACUGA